GUGCUUUCCGCGAGCAUUAUGAAAUUUUAGACGAAAGAGUUCCUAAGAACGUAACUAUACAAAUGAACAAUAGGAAUAUGGAAUAGGCUCAGUCAGUGGCUGCAUGUACGAAAAGCAAUAUUGAUAUCUAAUUUAUUGCAUCUAUUCUGAGCAUAUAGAAGCGAAAUUCUUCAAUGUUAUUGGUAUUACAAGCUGUGCUUUCGUGAACAGCAAAGCAUAGCACUGGGCACUGAUCAUUUUCCACAGUGAAAUAUUUCCAAAAACUACAGUAUCUCAUUUUCUUUCCGAACAGAAACGAAAUUCUUCAACGUUAUUAGGCCUACUUGCUGAAAUUGAGACUUGUGCAAUGAACAUUAUAGGCAAUGGACAGCAGAUUGAUACUAAUGGAAAGACGAUUGAUACCCGUCGUGUUCUUUCAUGAACACGACAAUUGAUCCUGAAUUUCUAUACCAAAUUUCACGUCAAAACUACAGUAUUUAAUCUGACUGAAUAUAGCCGCCAACUGAUCAAUUAACGUUAUCCCAUUAGCACUACUUGUGGAAUAGAAGAUUGCCAUCAAAUUUAUCAGUACGAAAUCUUGACACCAUAACUUGUUACCUAGCUUUCUGGUACACGUUAUCAUGUCACCUUAACUCUUACGGAAUAGAAGAUUGCCAUCAAAUUUCUACGAAACUUUAAUACAGUAGCCUAUCUAUCUCGUUAACUGGCUUUCUGAAAAAGUAACGAUAUCACCCGAGCACUUUGGUGAGCGAAAAAUUGUAUGUAGUUGAAACAUCAAAAAUUCCUUCAUCAAAAUUUGUGAAAGCUGAAUUUACCUUAAUGGAUGCUGAAGAGUUCGGUGAUAUUGCACAAACGGUAUCCUUUGCUCGUAAUCUUUUAACUCAUGUGAGAAGACACGAGGAGAUAACCACACAGAAUGUGAGCCAGGCAAGAGAUUUAAGCAAACGAAGACCUUGGCUGAAUGGACCGUUACCUUUAUCAUGUGAAGGUUGUAGAUUUGAACUGCCAAUGGAUCUGAAAGUUUUAGAAAGCCUUACUGCGAUCAAAUAUCUGUCUAACUACUGCAUUGUUAGCUCAAGAAGAAAGUACCUUUUCAAAACAACUUUUGUCAAAGCCGAUAGCGACCUCGAUGGCAUCAUCAACAGUUACGAGCUUCGACAAGCCUUACUAGAUCUGUAUUCAAACUCAAUCGAUAACGAAUGUUUGGACGAUAUACUAGAUAUCAUUGAUUGUCAAAUAGGGAAAGUUUUCGAUCGGAAUGAGUUUGCAGCAAUAUCGGCAUUUUCAGAACGAUAUUUAUGCACACGUUACCAUGAUAAACAAGAAAUUAAUGCCAGCAAACAACUCUUGGAACAGACUGACUUUGCUGGACUUAAAGCUAAACUUGAGGGUUGUAAUAUAGCACCAAAAUUUCUUAGAAUGCUUUUAAUAAUAUGACAUUGAGUAAUGUCUACAGACAUAUAAGCAUGGACACGACUUAUUGAUAGUGACAGCGAACCUAAUUUGUCAAGGUGAUCAUUCCACAAUUUCCUCACCGUGAAUUAUAACAGGUAUAUGUAAGAAAUUAGGAAGAUUCAAUAGACACAAUCGACGUUUGUUUAUGCCCAAUAGACAAAUUUGGCUAACGUUUGUUCAUGUAAUAUUUCAAGUCCGCGACUAUGAGGACUGGACUAGAUUCCAAGUCCGCGCAAUUUGAUCAAGUCUGAGGCGAAACCGAGGACUGGAUAAAAAUGCGAGGACUUGAAUUUAAUCUAGUCCGAAUUGGAUCAAUUGAAAUGACAUCUCAUACUAGGCCUAAUAUAUCGCUGCCUAGUUGUAGUGUGUGAGAUGAAUUAAUUUUAAUCCAGUACUGGAUCAAUAUACUUCACUAGGUACCCAUGCAGUAUUAUCAUGUGAGCAAAAUAAAGCAAUAUGUUUGGCUAAUUUAUCGUGAAUUAUUAGAGUUUGAGAUACCUAGUUCACAACUUUAGAUGCUGACUCACACGCAGGUCUAAAUAUCAUUGUUCCAGUACAGCGUUGCCAAAAAGCUGCGGGAAUACGGGUGGUCGCAUGCCAGCCGUGUGGAAGGUUUACCAUAUGUGAGGUGUCAGUAUGAGGAAAGUUUAUGAUACUUUAUGAUACUUUAUCAUGUAGGUUGAGAUUGACAUGGUGUAUGGGAGUGAUACAAUUCAAUCAAUCUGCAUGCUGAUUAAUGUUAAAUACUAGUCAGUAGGAAAAAGAAAUAAGAAGCCGAUUAAAUUAAAAGGAAAUAAUUUACAUAUUUUGCAAUUUGAAAAACCUAUAAUUCAAAUUAUUUUGAGGAAGGUUUGAAAACUUGAAAUUAGGAGGAAAGUAAUUGUAACUUUGUUCGAUUCUAGUAUACAGGAGCAUAGUAUAGAACUAAGGUAACUAAGCUUUAGAAAUCCAUGUGAGUGAAGAACUCCUAUACAUUGUAUAUAAUCAUAGCCUAUCGAAGGGAAGAUGGCUGUGAAACUUUAUUAGAAUAACAGUAUAACUCAUUAUCUAUGUUAGUCAACGCUUAUUCAUAAAUAUGGUCCUUUCACCGUCACGUGUGUAUUGUAUUUUUAGCAAAUCCACCAAUAGCAAUUUGCAGUUUCCCUAUUGUUCGAGUCACGGAUAGGUGACUUUCCUAAAACAUUGCUAUUGGUUAGUUGGGCAAAAAUACAAUAAACACGUGACGGUGAAGGACCAGAUUUAUGAAUAAACGUUGACCAACAUAGAUAAUGAGUUAUAUUGUUAUUUUAAUGAGCUUCACAGCCAUCUUCCCUUCGAUAGGCUUAUAUGCUCUAAUGCUAAGUUACUAAUUGUCCUAUUCUAUGCUUCUAUAAAUAAAACUAGAACAAUAGUAACUAGACACGAGUUAUCUAAAGGUGUGAACUGGGUCACAACGAUGUAAAUGAUUAGCCAAAUUUGUUUAUAGCUGGCCUAAAAACACCAACUUUAGACCUUUUCUGGCAUUACAAGAUCUGCUGACCUGUCUUGCUCUCUUGUUUACAAAUCCCACAGCUCUCCAUGCUAUCCAGUCACUUAUUGGUCUGAACUAUUUUCAGUUAAUUGUAAAGAGCCUAUUCACAACUUUGGAUAUAGCUCACAUGUCUAGUUGCUACUGUUCCAGUCUAUGCAAGCGUAUAUAGAACGGCACCAAUGUAUCUAGGCAUUGGAAUGAUCUAUACAUGAGUCAAUAACUC